AUGAUUUUCUUUUUCAAGGCUUUCUCAACAACUUCGACGCGUGCAUAUGACGUCUCCAAGCUCAUCCUCAUUGGACGACUAGGCAAAGACCCUGAAGUUCGUACUACCAAAGGUGACAAGGAAUACGCUUCUUAUACCGUUGCGACCACCAACUACCCACCUCCACCUCCUAACCCUGAUGGCAACCGCCAAGAGGCUGGAACCACGUGGCACCACAUCAUUUGCUUCAAUCCUAAUCAGACCAACUACUUGCGCACUCUCCAGAAAGGGACCCAAGUCUACGUUGAGGCGAACUUUGAGCUUCGUGACCCAGACCCAAGCGCGGACUCAUCUUCACCGCAGGGCCAAAGACAGAUAUUCCUCAGACACGGUAUAUUGCUUCUUUCUUAUUUCAACCUUUCCGUAACUGAUUGUUGUUUAUAG